AGUUCUAUAGAGCUAGUGAAGCAGAUGUGUACAGGCUAGAGUAUAGAACGAUGCCUAGAUACUAGUAUUUAGUGGCUUAGUUAGUUAGUUGCUUACUAGUUCUAGUCCGGAGUACACAACACCAUGGAUUACUAGAUUUUACACAACUCACGCAUCUGGAUUCAUUUUACGCUACACUGGGCGUAUUGUUAUGUUUUAGUGACGCACCUUUUCAGAUAUAUAUGCGUAUUUUUAACAUGUGACUUUGACGCCGCAUCAGUGACUUCAACGAUUGAAAUAAGUCAUUCAAAAGUUAAGUGGGGCGAAAGUUAAUUAGUUUGACUGGAAGUGAUCUAAAUCAAGAUGGCGCACCUUCUCUCCGAUCUGGUGAGCUACAUGAAGUUCGAUGAGAUCAACAUCGACAACUGGAUGUUUAAACUCUACUACAAGUUCAGCUUUGUAAUCUGUAUGACCGGAGCCACUGUUGGGAUUGCCAGUCAGUUUUUCGGAGAUCCGAUCAGCUGUGACUUCCAGGGGAUACAGUCUGAUAUGGCACAAGACUAUUGUUGGAUUCAUGGUAGUGCUUAUAUACCUCGUAGAUACCAGGCGGCAUUCUUUUAUCUUCCCUAUAAAGUUUGGCACUCCCUGGAAGGUGGCCUCAUUGCAUCCUUCGGCACUGACGGGAAAACCCCGGUCAUAAUUAGUGAGGAUGCCAAGUAUGAUGAUGGUGUAGUAAUGGAAGCUGUUGUGGAGAAGUUUGUCAAAUAUUUUAAAUCAAUUUAUCAUCACAACUCAUGGUACUUCGCAUACUUCAUAUUAUGCGAAUGUAUGAACUUCAUAUUUUUCUCUGUACAGUUCUAUCUGACAGAUAUGUUCUUGGGAAAUAAGUUUAAAAAGAACAAUAAAACCAGGGAUCCAAUGUGUGCAGUGUUUCCCACCGAGGUGUCCUGCACUAUUCCUAAUGUUGGAGCUGCAGGAGCUGAGCAGAAUCACAAUGGUUUGUGCGUCCUAACCCAGAAUAUUAUCAACGAGAAGAUCUAUCUUGCACUUUGGUUCUGGUAUGCUUUCUUGGGACCUGUAUCAGUCUGCUUUAUCCUUUUCAGGCUGAUGACCUUGUUGUUCGAUGGAGUUAGGUUCUCUCUGAUUUACAAAACGAUUCGACACAAAUAUGAUGAUGAUGUUAGAAAAUGCUUAGAAUAUGUUCUUGCUAAGGGUCAGAUUGGAGAUUGGUUUGUUCUGCAUCAGCUCUGUAAAAACUGUAAUCCAUAUUUCUUCAGGCAGUUUAUCAAGGACCUGGCUGUGGAAUUAAAAUGCAGACCUAAACGAUCAAAAUCUGCUUUCAGUAAUGGGAAAGGAACCCUGCCACGUGGGACUUUGCCGCGUGACAAACUCUCCGUAGACGAGGACGCGCUGAUGUCCGUAAUAUCACACGAUGGAACGGAAGACGACAGCAAUCAUCUUUCACCCCCUGGUUAUGAUGAAGAUAUGAGUGUUGAGGGGGUUGAGGGGGGGAGGGGAGGGGGUAUACUCGAAACCAAGGCACUUCUAGNAUCUUUGAUAUUUCAAACUUAG